CUGUAAAAAUAUCACGUUCACCUGCUUACAGCUCCUAUGGGAUGACGUGUUUUGGAUUAGGUCUUAGAUAACGGGAUUAGAAUCUUCCACACUCCUUAAAUAGCUUGCAAGUGUCAGCAUCUACUGUUUGUACCACCGGAGAAAACUGCAUUGGUAUAGUUUAAUAUUUACAGUGGUCUACAACUCUGGCCAUCAUCAUUUAUGAUCUGAGAGAAGAUUAUUUUUCAUCUGGCAAACAUGGCUGAUGUCUUAAAGAGUCUUAACCUUUUGGAAACCCUUAAGGAGUCCAUAGAAAAGAACAAUAUUUCAGAUAUAAGAGAUGCCAUGGAGGACAUGCUGAUCAGCAGAAUUAACAUUGCGGUCGCAGGUGACCGAAAUCUUGAAAAGGCCACUUUUAUCAACUCACUUCGAGGACUCGGCCAGGAAGAUGAAGGAGCGGCCUGUGUUCCACCUUCUGCUGCCCCGGAGGAACUAGCUGUGUUUCCCAAUCCCAAACAUCCAGAUUUUCGGCUCUGGGAUCUGCCAUCUAUCCCCAGCGACCCAUGUUUUGAGGCAGAGAAAUAUAUAGAGCGCUAUAAAGUUUUGCGGUACAAUGCCGUCAUUAUCACAUUCACAGAGAGUCCCAGCGUGAACAGUGUGGCAGUGUGGAGGGAAGCUCGGUCGUUACAAAAAGAGACGGUGUACUUCGUCUUAUUAGCAUCUAUGAAGGAUACAGAGAAAACAUUGGAAACGAAAAAGAAAGCGAGUCUGGAAGUGCUCAGGGCUGAAGGUGUUACACUCCCAAAAGUGUUCCUAGUUCACCCGUCUGCUUUGGAGAAGUUGGACUUUUCAAAGUUUUUAGAGGUGAUGCGUGGCGACCUUCCGGAAAUCAGGGCACAUGCUCUUCUUCUGGCCCUGCCUGCUUUCUCCAACUCAUUGGUCCACCAGAAGAAAGACGCCUUCAAGGCACUUGUAUGGGCAGCUGCAUCUUUAUCUGGUGGAGUUUCUGCCAUUCCCGUGCCCUUGGUGGCCUCCAUGGUGGACGCUACUGUGGCCGUACGGAUUUUGACCAAGGCUCAGAUCUCGCUUUGUCUGGAUGAUGAUUCUCUGCAGCGACUGGCAAGGCAGCGAGGUCUCGACCUAUCCAGGCUAAAGGGUCUGAGGACAUGUGCGCUUUCUGUUGAGGUCAGCAAGAGUGAAGUUAAAAGACGACUCGCAGAGGCCGAGAAGGAGACCAAUACUGCUUCAAAAAGACUCGUGGAGCUAGCCAUGCCAAGACACGCCAGGUCCGUUAGUCGAUCUUUUACGGUUAUGCUGCAGGCUCUCAACACCGCUAUUGAUGACAUGGGUGCUGAUGCUGAGAAAGUGGUUGCUAUGGUAACAGAUGGACAGUAGAUCACCCUUUUUAGGGGGCUAAAAUUUACAAUUGUCUCAGUGUUGUACACACAUGCAUGCUCUUUACAUAGUUUUGAUUUGUACCUGGUCAUGUUUAGUGUACUAGUACAGUUUUUUUAUUUGCUUUGGUACUAUUUUCACAAGUAAGGUGUAAAUUUUCAAAACUCUUAGUACAAAAAUCCAAACUGAUCACACUUGUAACGCAGCUAGUCAUUCUUUCAAAACUUGAUGUAAUGUUUUCAGUCCACAUAAUCAUUGUUUCAAAUAUAAGAUUAUUGUAAUAUGUAAUGAGAACAUUUGGUUUAAUCACCGAAACACAACAGUAUGAUCUUCUUUCAGUUUAGUACUUUUAACAAUCAGUUCAUCCAACAGCAAACAAUGCAAGAUACAUGUUUCAAAUCAGCCUUAAAAGUGCUGAAAUUAAUAUGCUACAGUACUAUAAAAUACAUAUUACACAGUUUCACAUUAGGCAAUACACUACAUUACUUACAUAAUCUAUAAUUUCCAAAAUAUCCAUCCUAUGUGUAAUCAAGUGAAGGAUCAAUGAAGACAUCCUCUACAAUCAUUUGGGCAAAUUACAGUAGUUUUUAUUUUUCAGAUAUAAUUGUAACAUAGCUAUACUUUCUAUAAUGUAACUGAAUGAAAACAUAAAAUUUAGUGC